AUGGACCAGGACAUAGAGACCACCCAGGAUUACAAUUAUGCAGACGAUAAUUUCUCGCCACCCGAGGACAACUUCCCUCCGCUCCCUCCCCCUCGACUAGCACCUGUACCCAUUCCUCUUAAGACUGUUCGAGUCAAAUCUCGUCGACGAGCCAGAGAGUCGGGGAGCAUUGAUCACGUCGCCGAAGGUUCCUCGGACGUUGAGCAAGACUCGAAUAUCAAGGUUAGCAAGGUCCGUCAGGUUUUCACCCCGACAAGCGCUCCGACAAGCAGGUUGCCCUCGGCUUCUUCAUCACGGGACAUCUCUGGUUCUUCAUCGCGGAAUAUCUCUCGUUCUUCGUCGCAACCCAUCGCUAGUCCUUCGCCGCAACCCAUCGCUAGUCCUUCGCCGCAACCCAUCACUUGUCCUUCACCGCAACUCAUAUCUGGUUCGUCGCGUCGCACGUCCGGUUCCUCGUGGGCUUCGGGUACUUCGACCCCCCCCAGGGAUAUCCCCCAAUCGACAGGCCCUUUCGAGGUCAUUCAACCCAGAAAAAAGCCAAUCACAGAGAAACCCCUGAACGUGGAACAAUUUUGGGCUGAGAACCAGAAAGGACAGGAUCAACUCAGUGCUCGCACACAAGAAAAGCUGCGGAAGCAGAAGCAGGGCACUCCAACUUCUCCCUUCACUGAUGAAGAGAACUAUAUACUCUUUCCGCCCGAGAUACCGUGGGAAGAAAUCACAGAGGAGCGAGGAAAGAACAUCCAGCUGAAAAAGGAGGAAGCCACUCGAAAAGCCAAGGCAGAAGGAGAGAAAGCAAGAAGAAGCGAUCCCACAUCAUUGUCGAGAUCUGAGACUAGCAUCACAGAAGCCCGGAUCACCUCAUUAUCUGAUCCAGCAUCUAGCACCAACCUGACCGAGAGUUCGAAAACACAAGACACAACUACUUCGAACGACCCAACGGACAUCUCCUCUAUCCACGAACUGCCCAGUCAACACGAAAAUGACCCCUUUCUAGCCUUAAUACCCGAGGAGAAAGACAAAGGCCAAGGCAACCAGCUUCCCGAAGGUUCGCAAACUCAAGAGGCAGCUACUUCUAACGACCUCGCGGACAUCACGCCAUCCCAAGAAGUGCAGAGCCACAACAAAGAUCUCUCUCCGGCCUCGACACCCUACAAGAAAGACAAAGGCAGCGAAAAACAACUUGUUACUAGUCCACGAAUUCAAACCAGUGCUACCCUUGGCAACCUCACCUAUAUCUCGCCUUCCAAGAAAGUGCCCAGCUUCAACCAAGACGACCCCUUCUUAACUUUGUCCCCCACCGAGAAAGACAAAGACAAAGUCAAAGGCAAACGGCCCGCGAAGAGUUUCACAACUCAGAACAGCAUUCCCUCCAGCGUUCAAACCGACAGCUCAUCUCCCCCGAGAGUGCUGAUCGGCGAAGAAGAUCCCUUCGUCAGCUCGCCCUGCAAGAUAAAGGACAAGGGAAAGCAGCAGCCCGCCGCUCCAUUGAGAUUUCCAAGAGCGACCGGUACUACUCUACAUCAAAACAUCGUCUCAAACAUCCAGACAGAGACAACGGUCUCAACUUCAGUCUUUCAGACAGCAACGUCAACAGCUACAGAUUAUAAUAGCGUCAGGGAGUUCCUCGCUAACACGCCGCACAUCAUUCCCUUCGCAGGUCCCAAGCUUAGAUCGAAUUCGAGUUUUGGCAAUAUAUUGUCAGGUGCAAGUACGAUCACCGAAGGUUCUAUAGGUACCAUUCGCCCGGCGCCACCGGAGCAAGUGGGAGAAGAAGAUAUGGCUAUCGACAAGUCGCAUAAGGAGGCGAGUCAGCCGCUUUCUGGAAACAAGCCGGUCGCUGGAAACCAGCAGCCCUUUAUGAGUGACCAGUCAUCCGCUGGGAGACAGGCACCGAUCGGAAGCAAGCCCGUGACUGGAAGCCAGUCUUUCGCAAUUGGCUCAUCAUCCGCUAAAAAUAAGCAACCGACCGAAAACAAGCCUGUGACUGGUCGCCAGUCGUUGGCCGGUCGCCACUCUUCUACUGGUGGAAUGUCCACUCUGGCUCAGAACAUCGCCGCGUACGAGCGAUCCAUGAUACGUCCAACAUAUUUCACAGGCAGUUCUUCGUCAGUGGCUUCAACCUCGAUCGGUCGCAAUACUCAGGGUUCCGCUGCCGCAGGCAUACCUCCAGUCAUGCCUCCAAGAGGGCCUGCCCUACAUCAGAUGGGAUCAGGAUCAGGCGGACCCUCGUCAUUGAGCACAUCAGCAGCUCCACCACCGUCGGGAUACAGAGGAUCCGCAUCGUUGAGUAUAGCAGCAAUACCGUCGCCACCUUCAGGAAACAGCGGAAUCUCAGCGCAUUACAGGGCCACCCUUGCGGCUGCACGCAAUGUGCCGAGAGGAAGUGCCGAAUGGCUGGCCAGGGUCAACGCUGUGUAUGAGGAGGAGAAGAGGCACAGCGCGCCUGGUCCUGUGAAGGGAGGGGCGCCGGCGACGGGAAACAUACUCCUGGAGGCGUUGAAAAAGUACCAGAAUAAAUAG